AUCCCAUCAUGGCCAAGCCACAUUGGCCAAUGGACCAUCAGUAACAUCCUAACUCUUGAUUAAACUCAGAACCUCUCGUCAACUUCAGCAGCAAGCGCUGGUGUGUUGUACAUCAUGAGUAACAUGGGGACUGAGAUUCUGGCCUUUAUUCUGACCACGUCUGGCUGGGUCCUUAUCUCCGCCACCAUACCCGCGGAUUACUGGAAAGUUUCUUCUAUCGAUGGUUCGGUCAUCACCACAGCUACCUUCUGGUCCAACCUGUGGAAAACUUGUGUUACUGAUUCAACGGGAGUCUCCAACUGCAAGGAUUUUCCUUCCAUGCUGGCACUGGAUGGCUAUAUUCAGGCCUGCAGGGGUUUGAUGAUUGCUUCUGUCUUCCUGGGCUUCUUCUGUUCUAUCAUUGCCCUGGUCGGAAUGAAGUGCACCAAGAUUGGGGGAUCAGACCAGAGCAAAGCCAGGACAGUUGGCUUUGCCGGAAUCAUUUUCAUACUCAGUGGUCUCUGCUCGUUGUCUUCAUGUUCCCUGUAUGCACACAGGGUGACAUCUGAGUUUUUUGACCCUAUGUAUGUUGCGCAGAAGUAUGAGUUGGGAGCUGCCUUGUUCAUUGGUUGGGCAGGAUCCCUUCUGUGUAUUCUGGGAGGGCUGAUAUUCUGCUUCUCAUUAUCAGAUAGUUUUACUACAAGGCACCCAGGCUAUGCUUACAGAGCAACAGCCUCUGCCUCCCAUGUGCCCUCUAACCCUAGAGGGCAUGCAAAGAUCAUGAACCAGCGACCUCCACCAGAGUCCAGCAGCUCUUUCAGAGUACAUCACUUUGAUAAAAAUGCAUAUGUGUGAGGGAUGACAGGAAAAAUGUCAAACCUGAAAAGUGGUAUGGUUUCAAGAGACAAACUCCCUUCCAUAGUUGACCCAUUGUCUCACAAAUAACUAGAUGUUGGAGUGAAAAUCUGCCCUUUUUCGGUCCAUUCAAGAUUGGCUGAGAGUUUUGGCUGGGAUAUGUGCAUUGAGAAAAAAUAUACAUAUCAUUGUGCAGAAAACGGCAUAAUUGUUCUGGUACACAUAAGCAGCUGCAGUGUCAGUACCUCUCAAAAUACCACUGGGAUAUUAUUUUACUCUAGAUACAUAUUUCUUAAAUAUUUUAUGAAUCAAUCUAAAUAGUUAUUUAGUGCUCAUUUAUUUACAUCUUUAUGCAAAUUUUUGGGUCCUUUUGACACCAGCCAAAACAACUGUCUCCACCUUUAGAUAUGAUAGAUACAUUAGAUACAUACAUUAAUAAAUGUAUGUUAUUUCUCUGCCUAUAAAAAAUCUGCCAAUAGCAUACAGUACAAGUCUGCUUCCUACUUCAAAAAGAUGAUAGAACUACAACGCAGAACUUAAACUCAUUAAUGAAUUAAAUAUAUACAAAGGCUUUAUUGGUACUGUAUGUAUUCCCUUAAAAGUAUACUAAAAUAUAUUUUUAGAUCUAGAUUUCUCAUAUUAUGGAGACAUAAUAUGAAUUUGUCCAAGAAGGCGGAGGAAGACUAGUUGUAGAGCUCCUAUGCUGGUAUAUGGAUCACAUGCACAGAUGGAGUACCAUAUAUAUUUGUCUAUGGUUAUUACUAGUAAUAUUACAUAUGACUGUAUGCAACAUCUAAAACGAUAUAUUGAAACUUGCUUGCCUUUAAAUCUACAAAUUAGGUGAGUCUUAUGGAUAUGGAAAAAAUUGUCUAAUGAACAUUUCAAAACAUGUAAUGUAUAUUUUCAAUGUUCAUAAACUGAUGCUUGUUGUUUAAUUUAGAUUUUUUCAAUAAUUGCACUUUGAAAAACUGCACCUGAUGUAAUGGAAAUAUCAUAUUUUUGUUGCCCAUAAAAUACUAAUCAACUGCAAUUUUGCCAAAACAACAGUUUGUUUUGAAUUGUUAUUUCAUAUAAUAUUAUUUACAUGACUGACAGCAACAAAAACUGGAUAUUUCGCUAUCUCGGUUGCUUUUUCCUGUAGUUUCUUCUUCAUGUUAAAGUUUUCUAGUCAGCAUGGCCAUGGGAAGAUGUUUUGAUCAGUGGGUGGUGAUUGUGGUUGAUCAGGUGGUGGAAUUGAAAGGAUAUUGAAAUCACAUGUGGCGCGUGCCCGUGUCAACCUCAAGAUAUCUUGUAGACUUGCCUCAGGCGGUGUUGCAGCUCAACCAGCGCCGCUACUUCCCGCAGCUAUGCCAGUUAGUAGUACAUGAACAGUAUAUAAAAUAUGUAUAGUAUAUAAAAAAUGGUGGUAGUAUGAAGAUUAACCACUUUUUGUACAC